AUGAGCCUCAGUUCCGACGCAGCGAGACCGCUGCUUGCGCCAGACGAAGCCCGCCAGACCAGCCACGGGAUCCUGCCUCUGGCACGGCGCAUUAUCGACGAAGCUCGACACUCUCUGGUCGCGGCCCUCACAUGCAGCUACUUCAACGUGCUGCUACCAUGUGUUCCUCUCGGCCUGCUAGCCGGUCGAUGGGGGUGGCCGCCCGCCGUCGCUUUCACCUUGAACUUUUUGGCCAUGCUGCCCCUGGCUUCUAUCCUGACCUUUGGGACCGAGCAGCUGGCCGCCAUUGUCGGGUCCGUGGCGGGAGGCCUGAUCAACGCCACGUUUGGUAACGCCGUCGAAAUGAUUGUGGGAAUAAGCGCCCUGAGGGAAGACGACAUUGCCAUCGUGCAGUCGAGCAUGAUUGGAAGCAUCCUGUCGUCCAUCCUACUGAUUCUCGGGCUGUGCUUCCUUCUCUCCGGCCUGGGCAAGCACUCGGUCGACAUCAACAUGGACGUCGCGGGCGUCCUGACCUCGCUCAUGAUCAUAUCGUGCGUGUCCCUCAUCAUGCCGUCGGCGCUGCACCUGGCGAGCCCGCAGCCCGGCGACCCGGGCGACCGCCCCAGCCCGCAGGUCCUGCUGCUCUCCCGCGUCACGUCCGUGAUCCUCCUGGCCCUGUACCUCGUCUACCUGUACUUCCAGUCCGUCACGCACGCAGACCUCUUCCGCGAGGACGAGGACCCGCCCCAGGUCCGGCUGCACGGCGUGUCCAGCAGCGCCGUGCUGGUCCUCGCCACCGCCGGCGUGUCCUGCUGCUCCGACGCCCUGGUCGAAAGCGUCGACGGCUUCGUCGAGGCCCUCCGCGUCAGCCGCAGCUUCGUCGGCCUGGUGGUCGUGCCCGUCGUCGGCAACGCGGCGUGCCUGGUCGGCACCGCGCAAUGGUCCCGGGCGGGCCGCGUCAGCCUGGCCGUGUCGGUCAUUGUGGGGGCCACGCUGCAGAUCUCGCUCUUCGUGACGCCCCUGCUGACGGUGGUGGGGUGGGCGAUGGGCAAGCCCAUGUCGCUGCAGUUUGACGUGUUUGAGACGAUUGUGCUGACCAUGUCGACGUUGGUGGUCAACUGCGUAGUGCGCGACGGGUCGACGAAUUACUUUGAGGGGCUGCUCCUGCUGGGCACGUAUGUCAUUGUCGCGAUUGCGUUCCUGGUGAACCCUGAUGACGUGUCGACGGUUGCUGGGUGGGGUCAGUAG